AUGGCCGCAUCCGAUCAAUCCGGUAAUAAUAAUAAUAAACGUAAUCGUAAUCGUAAUAAAUCGCGUAGUAGUAAUUCAAACUCGUCCGGUAAUUCGUCGAACGGUAACGGUGAUCGUGGUAGUAAUAAUGGCUUCGUACAAGCCAAAGAUCGUACCUGCUAUAAGUGUCAUAAACGGGGCCACAUGGCCAAGUCUUGUCGAUCCGCCGGAGGGAAUUAUAGAAACGAUACCAACCCUCGGGGAAGUAUCGUUUGCUAUCGAUGCAAUCUAACCGGGCAUAUAGGUCGUAAUUGUCCGCAGAACGGUGAUUCGUCGCGUAAUAACGGUGGUAACGGUUCGUCGAGUGGUACGUCGGAAGUCGAUGAAACGCGUAAGAUACACGAUAUCAUCAACGAUCAUUUGAUCAAAACGUCUGUAACUGUAAGUAUAAAUGACGUAGAUAUCAUACCUACGAAUCAGCAAGAUGUACGUAGUUCGGUAGAGUCAGCUCCUGGGUGCUCAUCUUGGGUAAACCCAGAUGAGUUGAGCGAAGCCGAACGUAGCGGUGAAAUCAACGUUGAUCGUAGUAUGAUUGAUACUUCAGCUACCGACGAUCGAUCCGAUGAUUUUGCUUGUUUUGCACUCGCUGGGGUUGCGAUGAUCAUCUAA